AGCAGCUCACUCAUUGGUGUGCGGUGUCGUGGAGUCUAAAAACGAAAAUAAAGCUACUCUGUCCAUGCUUUUUGUAAAGUUUUGUCAUGUAUUAGGAAUUAACACGGACGCUCGCUAUUUUCACAAUGACGACGACAGAUAUGACCGCUGUGCUCGACAUUCUCCGCGUUCUCUAUAAGUACACACAAACUAUGUAGGAAUUCGCGGACAUCGACUGGUUCAGAGAGGGCCAGAAGGCAGUUCUGGUCGAAGAUUCAGAUUCAGACCGUUUAAAAACAUUCGUAGAGAAUAUUUUCGUCUGUUUCGACAAGAAGCUGCUGCAGGUAGCUAGCUGUAGACAGAUCUGCACUAUACCUGAACUUCUGGCCUUUGUUCUUAACAACAUGAAGAGGAAAAAGAAAAACAAUGUACUAAUAAAUGGCUACAAACCUCUGUCCGCUCAGGAGGAGUGCAAUGCAGACCAGUUCAAAUUCCAAGGAAGGCUAUUCCAAAGUGCUGCUUACAUUCACAGUAGCGACUUGUGGAAAAAUGUCCUGUUACGUCUUGGCACGGACGUCGCCAGGUACCUGCUGGAGAGCUGCUCGGUGUUUGUGGCGGUUGCUCCUUCGUGUGUGUUUCAGGUAUGUGGUGUUCCAGUCUACGAAAAGAUGUCCGUGCCUGCCGUCUCCACCAGGUUUUAUCUCCAGAAUCGGGGUCAGGCGCGUAAAGGUACGAAGUUCGGAUCACGUCGGAGGUCGAUGACCUGGAAAAGAAGUCACAAAGGAGGGAAAUGUAGGGUUAACGAGAGUAUGGACAGAAGGAAAUGUAGUGGGAAUAAUAGGAAAAGAAAGAGAAAAAAUGACGGGAGGGAAAACACUCAAGCAAAGAGAAGGAAGUUAGAAAAGCAAGAAUCCAUACAAGGAUGUUCCAAGAUGGAGGAGGGAGUUCAGUCUGUUACUGGGGAACAAACAUCGACUGUGCAGCCUUCAGUACAUGUUACUAAACAGCCAAUACCUCAGUCUGAGAGAGAGCAUGAUUGGAGCGCCAGUAAUAUCUCCCCUUCCCAGUGUUUCAUCCGAACACUUGGAAUCCUCUACGGAGGCAGAGGGAUGCGUAGCUUUCUGCUCAACAGGAAAAGAAAGACCGACCUAGGACCGAAGAGCCUCCAGGGUGCAGAUGUUGUAAGAAUAAUCUUCUUCGAAGGGCUAGCUUAUCUAAAUGGGACACAGAGAAAGCCGAAAAAACUUCCCAGGCGCUUUUUCAACAUGGUCCCACUGUUCUGUCAGCUGUUGCAACAACACAGGACGUGUCCAUACAACAGACUACUGCAGAGGAUGUGUCCCGUGGUAGAGGGAACGGGUGAAGAACAAACAGAGAUGAUCUCCCUCUUACCUCAGCACUGUGCACCUCACCGUGUCUACCUUUUUGUCCGGAAAUGUCUCUCUGUUGUGAUCCCACCAGAGCUGUGGGGUUCUGACUACAACCGAGCUCACUUCUUUGCUAGAGUCCGCCGUUUUUUACACGGCGGCAAGUACGAGGGACUUUCACUGUCUGAGCUGCUAUGGAAGAUUAAAGUGAAUGACUGUCAUUGGUUGAUGAUCAGUAAAACAGCCAGGGUUCCGCCAAGUGAGCUCUCAUACAGAACACAGGUUCUUGGUAAGUUCUUUGCUUGGGUUCUCGGUGGUUUUGUUACCAGCCUCGUCCGAAGCUGCUUUCAUGUCACUGAGAGUAUGAGCCAGAAAAAUGCCCUCAGAUUCUACAGACAGGAAGUUUGGGACAAACUCCAGGAUCUAGCAUUCAGAUGUCACCUUUCCAAGGGUCAGAUGGAGGAGUUGACUCCAGCACAAGUGGCAUCACUCCCAAAGGGCACGGUCAUCUCUCGCCUCCGCUUCAUCCCCAAGACGGACGGCAUGAGGCCUAUCACCAGAGUUAUCGGAGCGGAUCCCAAAACAAGGUUUUAUAAAGGCAUUAGUCGGAACCUGCUGGAAAUUCUGCGCGCUUGCGUGGACUCCACACCUUCUCUCCUCGGCUCCACUGUGUGGGGCAUGAUGGACAUCCAUAAAGUGUUGGCAGCUUGGGCUCCAGCUCAGAAGAUGAUGCCUCAAUCUCUUUACUUUGUUAAGGUGGAUGUUAGUGGAGCCUAUGAGAGUUUGCCUCACGAUAAACUGACGGAGGUGGUUGACCAGGCCGUAUCUCCACUCAAGAGUGAGCUCCUCCUUAUCCGCCGCUAUGCAAAGAUAUGGGCUAAUUCUCACGAAGGCUUGAAAAAGGCCUUUGUUAGACAGGUCAGUUUCUUGAAAGAAGUCGGGGGUACCAUGAACAUGAAAGGGUUUGUGACGUGGCAGCAGAGGAUAGGCAAGGUUCAUCACGCAAUACUGGUAGAGCAGCACUUUACCUCAGAUCUGCAGGGCGAACAUGCGUACCAGUUUCUUGUCCAGAUGCUCACGGGCAGUGUCGUUCAGUUUGGGAGAAAAACGUAUCGACAGUGCAGAGGAAUCCCUCAAGGCUCGGUUGUGUCCAGUCUGCUCUGUUGUCUCUGUUAUGGUCACAUGGAGAAUGUCCUCUUCAAAGACAUCACUAAAAACGGGUGUCUGAUGAGGUUGGUGGACGAUUUUCUCUUCAUCACGCGGGACUUGCACGAAGCGCAGGAGUUUCUCAAGGUCCUGCUGGCUGGUAUUCCACAGUACGGUCUGGUGGUCAAUCCACAGAAGGUGGUAAUAAACUUUGACGUGCCAGACUGUCUCCCCUCUGCUUCUGACAUCCAUGUGCUGCCGACCCACUGCCUGUUCCCCUGGUGUGGUCUGCUGCUCGACACGCGCUCACUGGAUGUCUACAAAGACUAUAGCAGCUAUGCUGGCCUGUCGAUGCGCUACAGUCUCACUUUGGGAUCUUCCCAUGCAGCCGGACAACAGAUGAGGAGAAAACUAAUGGCUAUUCUCAGAUUCAGAUGCCAUCCAUUGUUUGUAGACCUCAAGACCAAUUCUUUUGAGGCAGUCUAUAAGAACGUCUAUAAGCUGGUGUUGCUUCAGGCCUACAGGUUCCGUGUGUGUGCCCAGAGUUUGCCCUUUGGUCAGACGGUUGCUAAGAACCCUGGCUACUUCCUGCAAAUGAUAGGCGACAUGAUUGAUUACACCGAUCAUCUCAUUAGGCUCAGCAACAAAGGAUUGGUGUUAGGCACCAAAGCCCAGACUGGGCCUGUACAGCGUGAAGCAGUGGAGCUCAUUUUCAGUCUGUCCUUCCUAAAGGUUCUGUCACCGCAUCGUUCUCUGUACAAGGAUCUGCUCUCACACCUGCACAAACGGAAGCGCAGCCUGGAGCAGAGUCUCGGGGACUUGAGGUUGGCCAGAGUCCGACAGGCUGCCGAACCGAGGAUUCCGGCUGAUUUCUUGGCCAUUAAGAUGUAGCAGGAUAUAUCUCCAAGAGCCAGAGAAAACAAAUAUUGGAAUGUGUCAGGAGGAGAGCUCUGCGUGAUCAAUAGCACAAAGAUAAGGAUCGCCACCCCCCGACGUGAUCGAUUGGAUAAUGGACAACUUAAGUGGAAAACAGAUUUGGCAAAGGUAUGGAAAACGCCAGACAUUCCCGAGUCCAACUGCGAAUCCUAUGCACGUCAACAGGUGCAGUGGAAAAAUCACAAUUGAAAUAUGAAAACUACUGCUGGAUAUACUGUAAUAAUGGAAACCAUUUGAGGACAAUAACAGGAAGUCCCAGUAGGAGAGGGCCACAAAGCCGAUCCUCAUAGUUCAAGAUCCGGCCCUCCAGCCCCGGGUUAGGAAUCACCAAUCUCAUGCUUGCAGUGAUAAAGCGGGGGAGAUGUUGACUGUAUCCUUCGUACCAGUCGACAAAGUGCAUAAACAGGCAGCGCCAAACUGGGGCCUCCUGCUAAAAGAAAUAUGACGGCGUUGAUCCAUGAAGGGUAAGGAGUAGACACCAGAGAUGGGAACUUCUCCUGUAGAACGUAGAAAACUAAAAUGACCAGGAUGAUUAAGGGACUGACGACCCUCCACAUCACCUGCCAGAAGAUGGACGGCUUAUAUCCAACCAUGAACUUUAUAUCUUCGUUUAACCUGCCACACAAGAGGGACGUGAUGAAGUAUUUUGCUGUGAUAUUUCAGUUAUUUAUUUGGCAGCCUUAAGCCCGACAGUCAGAAGUGGAACCGAUCCUGCGAAGCUGUCAAAGACCGUCACCCAGUAAAGCCCUGAGCGUUGGGCGAACAGGAGGCAGAUGAUGAAGGCCACGACGCAGGAAAUAUGUUCAAGUCCUUCAAGGGGAUCAC